AUGCCUGGGACUUUGUCAAGAAUAUCGAUACCCGAGAUAACUCUUACAGGGUAUUUAAUUCACAUGAUCUCAAAAACUCUCGAGUCAAGCCCAGGAAGUAGAUUGUCGGUAUCCAUGUAUUCUAGUUUGGGAGGUCAUCUUAGAUUUACAGGAGAGCAUCUCUCAGAUUCAUCCCAAAGACACAAUAUUGUACCAUACAAACACAGAACAACUUCUGUUCCUAACUACCCAAAAUGUCCAAACCACAGUCGAAUAUAUUGUGAACUUUACUGUGAGAAAUGUGACAUUCCUGUCUGUUCUACUUGCAUCUCCUCUGGUAAACGCAAAGGACAUGAUUUAUUAGAAGUUCUGCAAAAACUUAGUUUGAAAAGAAAAGAUUUAGAAAAAGACCUGAAAAAAUUUGUGAAUGGUAUUUAUCCUGCAUAUGAAGAAAUUGCAUCAGAUAUAAAGUCUGAAAAACAUAACUUGGAAAUACACUACAAGAAACUGAGAACAGCUGUCAGCAAACAAGGUGAAGACUGGCACAGAGAAAUUAAAAUCAUUGUCCACAAACAAAAACCUGAAAUCGAUGAGAUGAAAGCUAAACAUCUGGCAGUCAUAAAUAAACAGGAAAAUGAAAUCAAGCGGAAAAUUUCAGAACUAAGACGGAAUAUUCUUAAUAUGAUAAAAAUACUGCAUUCAAAUGAUGUCUCCCUAACUUCUACAAACAAAUCCAAGAAUGCUGAAUUCAGAAGUUUAUCUCCUAAACUCAAUUUUUUCAUUACCAAGUUUCUCUCCUCAUAA